UUGAAAUAUCCUUCAAUUGAAAAAUUGCAUUAUUGCAGUUUUAUAUUGUACUCCAAGACUUGAUACGUUACAUUAUUCUACAGAAUUGGGUUGACAGUCAUCCUAAUUGUGAUCAAAUGAAGAAGGCAUGGGAGUUAGAUUUAGAGAUAGCAGACAGAUCUCUAACAACCCAAAAUAUUGGACAAGGACAAAGAGGAACAUCACAAAGAUUUUCUCAUCUGUCUCAUGUAUCAAUGGGAGUUUUCUUGAAAAAAGCUCCGACAAACAUUACUCGACUUCACAACAUCAGUGCGGUCUGGAUUUGUCCGUGACUCGCCAGUUUUUUGAGAAGCUGUCACGGAAAGAGAAGGUUCUGAAAGAGGUUGAGAGUGUGGUGCAGCAGCAUCUGCUCCCCUCCCUGAACCACUGCCCUGCUGGAGUGGAGGCCCUCAGGGUUUACCUCAUCCUGCCUGAGCUGCUGAGGGUGCUGCUCAAACAACAGCUGGGGACAAACCUUGCUGUCUCAUUGGCUGAGGCCAUUCUCAAGCUGUGUCCUGAUUUGUUGAAGGUUCUUGAGGGCUACUGGGCCAGAAUGGGGUAUUCUUUCUUCAGAACUGUGGUCAAGAACUUCCACUCUGUAUCCACAAAGUUAUUUGAGCUGAUUAGAGAUGAGAGGAGAGACUACUCACAGCAGUUGAAGAAAACCGUGGAGGUGCUACAGAAGCUUUAUGCAGUUAACAGCCAAACACACCAUGGACUGAGUGACAGUCAUUUUCAUGUGAAGGAGAUUAACAACUUCUUCAAACUUAUUCAGGAAUCAGACCUACGUCAGGAAUCUUUUUGGGAUGAUUCGUUGGAAUCUGAACGGCUCUGGGAAUCAGCAAACCUUUACAUAAAAAUAGUCAUGUCUGUAACAAAAUUCCCUUGCAUCUUUGACAUGGAAGCAAAGAAGGAUGCGUUUCUACGGGAAAAUAGCAUCAGAAGUUCUUCUAUCAUGCUGCAGACAAAUGGCAACGCUCUGCAUGUAGGGAGACAGACUUUACUGAAGGACGCAUUUGAGUAUCUGCGAAGGAACAUCCAUGACUUUAGCAGGCCAUUGAAGGUGACAUUCAUGGAAGAAAAUGGCAUUGAUGAUGGUGGUAUAUCCCAGGAAUUCUUUAGCCUCUUCAGCAAAGCUCUGAGAUCAGAGGAUUCCAAGCUGCUAGAGAUCUUUGAGGAAUCUGAACUUGUCUGGUUCAUGUCAGAUGAAUACAAAGUUGAUGAUUACAGGGAUAUAGGCACCAUCUUUGGGAUGGCAUUUUACAAUGACCAUCUAGUGAACAUUCCCUUUCCUUCAGCACUGUUCAAAAGGCUUCUGGGGGAGAAGCCAACACUGAGAGACUUGGAGGAACUGUCACCAUGUCAGGCCAGGCAUGUUUUCAACUUCAGUAUUAUAAUUACUAAUUAUAAUACUAAUUACUAUACUAAGUGCUAA